GUUUCAUCAUUUGGAUCUGUGCUAUAUGUGAGUGCAUACGGCAUUCAAGUGUGAGCCACUUCAAUUGAACGUGUAUGGCUCAUGACAGUGCCAUACUGUCAUCAUUAUCAAAUAUGGCGAAAAGUGAUUAAGUAAGUUUGUUGUGCGCGGAACGAAAAUUAGACGCGGCCGAUUAAAAUGUCCAGCUAUUAUUUUAUUUUAUGCAAGGCUACGUCACUGGAAAAUGCAGUUCGUUUAAGGCGUGACCAAUACUUUCUCGCUCAGCGCACAGGAAAUAUUGUUUCAAUGCAAUGAGGACAGUUGAUGGAACAAACAUCGAAAGUCUGGACAAUUUUCAUAAACUUUCUCUGUACACAUCUAGGACAAGGAAUAGCGCACGCUUGCCAAUUAUCACCAAAAUCAGUGAGCAAAUUAAAUUUGUUUUCAUCGAACAGCUUACAAGAAUCCGGCGGAGGUGCAUCCACUCUGUCCAAAAUCAAUUUAGCGUCCUGUCCGCAUCCUGGCCUCGUGACAGUGAAAGAUGACCACGACAGUGACGACUUCGAUGAUAUCAAACACGCUGCAUCUUCAAUUGUCGACGGUGGUGUGGAACUGGAACCGAACGACAGGCCGAUACUGCUGGAUGUGCUUAGAAAGCGAACAUUUUCAGUCGAAGUACAUUCUCUUCAACGAACGCUACUAAGCUACAAAGAAAACAAAGACUGCUGCCAAAUUUACGCCAACGACGACUGCUACUCGUUAUUAAGUAGCAAUCGUGAUCUGAUCAAGGAUGCCGUUUCGCUUGGCCAUUGCCUCUGGAUAAAAUGAUUGAGCAUAUUUACUUAGCAUCGACAACAUUGGGAAGGUUCUUAUUACAUUUUAAUAUUAUGUACCGUGCAAGCACCAUAUUCAAAACAGUGCCUAAUUCUGAACAGUUUCAUUAUUCAUAAAUAUUAACAAAAUUCUAGUUAUUUAAACAAAUUAAUCACUACAUCUGAUGAUUUCAUAUUACUAAAAUGGUUUAAAUA